UUGCUCUGCAGGGCUGGAUUAGAGGCUGAAGUAAACUGGUUUGAAAAAAAAGCUGAAGAGGAGGCAGUGCCAGCCUGCUCCUUGAGACAUACCAUAAAGAAAGACGAUCAUCUGAAGAGAAAGUUUAGCUUCUUGGUGCCUGUUCUGCAGUGGCGUGAUUCUUUUAGCAAUUCACAUUGGCAAAAACUCCAGAAUGAACCGUUGCCAUAUGGCUGGAAGGACCAGUCUUUCUAUGAAAUAAGCAAGACACUUUCCCUGCUCUCAGAUCCUGCCAACAGUCAUCUGUUUGAGCGGAAAACAUCAGAUACCUGUGUGCGUUGCGCUGUGGUGGGUAACGGAGGUAUUCUGAAUGGAUCCAGGCAGGGGAAAACCAUAGACAGUCACGAUUAUGUUUUCAGGGUAAAUGGGGCAAUAAUCCAAGGGUUUGAGAAUGAUGUUGGGACAAAGACGUCUUUCUACGGCUUCACCACCAACUCUCUCAAGAACUCCUUAAUUGAUUAUUACCAAGAUGGCUUCCACAAUGUACCACGUGAUCCGGACAUCGGGUAUAUUUUUAUCCCCGCUGAGACUCGAGCCUAUUUGAUGCUGGCAGCUGCCAUCCAGGGUGUGUCUGUAACCUCGGGACCUGAUAAAGGGGACAGGCCCUCAGAAAUUUUUGGAUAUAAUCCUGAAAUACAUCAGUUCAAGAUGAUCCAUCCAUCCUUCAUUCAAUAUGUGACUCAAAGGUUCCUAAAAUCUCCACUGCUGGAGCAAUAUAGAGAUACGUACAUACCCACCUCGGGUGCACUUAUGCUUUUGGUGGCUUUACACACUUGUGACCAGGUCUCUGCAUUUGGAUUUAUGACAGAAAAUUACAAAGACUUCUCAUGCCAUUACUAUGACAAAGUGAUGAAGCCUUUGGUCUCCUAUACUAACCAUGACAUGGAGAUGGAGGGACGUCUGUGGAAGCAGCUGCACUCUCAAAAAGUCUUGUGGCUAUAUCAGAGAUAA